AUGAAGAGUUCUAGCUGCAUCAGUGAAAAAGCAAGACACCAGCUGCUUAUCGAACAUGAACUGUACAUGCCUGAGAAUUCCAGGGUGUGUUCAAGUCAUCUUCUUGGGAUGGAUAUCAGUCCUGACAUUGAGCCAGUUUUGACAGGGAGGGAUAAAGUUGUUAAUCACGUAGCCACCAAGUCACCAGCUCUUAUCAACGAUUUACUCAAAAUCAUACAGCACUUGUCAAAUAACUUGCCAUCGCUUGUAUUAGACUUCGACAAUAUGGAUGAUGGAGAUAACCAAGCUUGGACAGGCUGGGAUUGUAAUCAAUUCAAUCAAAUACACGAUGCAUGUUCCGAACAUAUGACUGGAUUUGAGGAAUAUUUGGCUAAGUUUGCUGGAUGCAAGGAAAAAUUUCAACAUAUUCGAGUUGUAUUUACCGGCCGUGAGGGGGUCGGAAAGACAACUUUAUGUCACCGUCUUCAGGAUAAAGAUAUCGACCUCGCGUUGCGGAUGCCAACUCUUGGAGCCGACUUACACCAAAAUUGGUUAACAAUUGACUGGGAAUCUAAACAAUGGGAUCUUAACGAAAAUUCUGCAGGGGAAGUAUUAAAAACGAGGUUGGGGUCAGUGAUAAAGAAAGCACAACCAACAGGUCGACGGCGUGAAGGCAGCAGCCUACAAGAGUUCACCUCACAGACAUUGACCUCGGAAAUGAUGGCGGAAAUAUCUGAUGUCCAACGGGCUUCAGAACGAGCGAGAUCUAACGUGGCGUUCGUGUCCCUUUGGGAUAUGGGUGGACAUCUACCUUUUCAGGCCACACACAACGUUUUUAUUUCUGCACAUGGCAUAUACCUACUUGUUUUCAGAUUGACAGAUUUUCUCAACGACAAGCAAGAAGCUGAUAGAUUGAAGAAAUGGAUCCGGAUGAUUGGAACAUUUUCAGCAGUAGAAUACAAUGCGCCGAAGCUAAAAGAACACCAUCCUCCACUUAUAUUUGUGGGAACCUUCCUUGACGAAUUAAAGGAAAAAUUUCCGGAGGACUACAACAUACAGAUACGUGCAAUAUACUCUAGCAUUGCGAAAUUCCCUGAGCUUUCGCCUCACAAAUUUGCCAAAUUUUGUACCAUUGAUAACACCCUAGGAACGAAACCAGACGAUCAAAACCUGGAGAAACUUCGGGAAUUAAUUACAGAUUUAGCCGAGUACCAGGAUCAAUGGGGCAGGGAGCUUCCUGCCAAAUGGCUUCAGCUCGAGAUGGAUUUGCUUAAAAGAAGAGAAGAGGGAACUAAGGUACUGACAUUGAAAGAGGUGCAAGAAAUGAACCGGAAGUCUUUUGCACCAUUACAUGACGUGGAUGAGAUCAAAAUCGCCCUGGAGUGAGUAUGUCCAAAGCUGUG